AUGGCUGAAACCCAAUCCAAAACUGAAUUGAAUGCGCUUUUCGAGCAACAAAAUGACUUUUACGGCUCUAUUUCUCGCGUCGUGGAAAAUACAAAAAAAAUGGGUAAAAAUAAUUGGACAUUAAAUAAUCUUCAAAGUCGUCUCGAUCGACUGGAAGCAACUUGGAAUGAAUUUUUUAAUCUUCAUAAACGGUUAAUUCAAUAUAAAGUCGAAUAUGCUGAUACCGUGUAUUUUUCGGACGAUUUAUUUUCGGCUUGUGAAGAGACAUAUAUUGAAUCUAGAGCAUUUCUUCUUGAUUCUAUUCGGCCGUUUAAGGGAUCUUCUUCAGCGGGAUCGGUUCGCAGUGUUAGGUCCGUGCAAUCAGCUCCACCACCAAUCGUCGAUCCCUCAAUACAACAACCGGUUCCACCGAUUGCUACGGCGACACCGUCGUUUUCGUGUUCAAGACAAUUACCACAAAUAAAAUUGCCUACUUUCGACGGUAACUACAAUAACUGGCCCCAAUUUUAUGACUUAUUUUCCUCAAUGAUUUAUUCAAACGCUGGAAUUUCUAAUGUUGAAAAAUUUCAUUAUUUGAAAAUGAGCCUUGUUAACGAACCAUCACAAUUAUUAAAAAAUUUGUUGGUAACUAAUGACAACUUUCAACGUGCGUGGACAUUGCUGAUCGAACGAUACGAAAAUCGUCGAGUUAUGGUGGAUGCGCAAUUGACCUUACUGUUGUCAGCACGUUCGAUUAAAUCUGAAUCAGCUUCCGAAUUGAGGAGACUUCUCGGGGAAGUUAAAGAGGCUUUAGGAGCAUUAGAAUCUUUGGGAUGUCCUAUAAAAUCUUGGGAUAAUAUUUUAGUAUAUUUGCUUGUACGUAAACUUGACACAGAGACGGCCAAGGAUUGGGAAAAAUCAAUUAGUAGCUAUCGAGAUCCUUCAACCUUCGACGAAUUGGAGAAAUUUCUCGUUCACCGCAUCUACACUCUUGAAGCUAUUGAAAAGUUACCUGGAAAUGGUAAAAAAUUUUCCCAAACAUUCCCUAAAAGUGUUAAUUUCAAAGUACACAAUGCUUCGGCUACCGGUUCGGGCUGUUCGCUAUGCGGUGCUUCUCAUUACAUUUCGGCUUGUCAUGAUUAUCUCUCGCGGAAACCAACACAACGACUUGACUUCGUAACUUCUAAAGGACUUUGCUUUAAUUGUCUUGGACCACACAUGUUCAAAAAAUGUCGCGUUUCAAAACGAUGUCGUUUCUGCAAUAAACCUCAUCAUUCAACUCUUCAUGAAGCUCCCCCAGAGACACGUAUGCUUCAUUCUAAAGAUGCUGCGUCAAAAUCAAAUGUACCAACAAGUCAACCGUCAAGUCAUUUCGUUCACUCUCAUCAUCAUCACAUUCCAGUGCUUCUCGCAACAGCAUUGGUUCGAAUCGUAUCACCCCGUGGUGAUUCGAUUAUCGUUCGUGCGUUGAUCGAUCAAGGUUCGGAGGUGUCUUUUAUUGGUGAAACUCUAGUGCAACGGCUUCACCUGCAACGGCGUUCCGCGAGUAUUCCGAUCACCGGGAUUGGAUCAAAACGUACGUGCGUUUCUAAUGGCGUCGUGUCGAUGCAACUAUUUUCGCGUCUAAAUCCAUUUAUCUCUUUUGAAGAAGAAACAUUAAUUAUACCGAAAUUAACGUCUUAUGUGCCUCAAAAGUGCACCGAUCGGUUGCCGUCCGAGCUAAGCGACCUUCCCUUAGCUGACCCAGAAUUUACUUCGGACAGAAAAAUUGACUUGAUACUCGGAGUGCGUUUUUAUUCCAAAAUAAUACAAAGUGGAGUUAGAAAGAGUACCGAUGGUCUUUUGAUUGCUCAACAAACAGCUCUGGGCUGGGUACUUUCCGGCGCGUUGUCUAAUCAACCUUCUUCUCAUGUCGGUGCAUACGGUUUUCAGUGUUCUAUCGAUCUUGAGUUCCUUGAUAUCAUGCAACGCUUUUGGAAACAGGAGGAUGACACUCUUAAUGUUUCGCGUCUUUCAUCGGACGAACGCGAGUGCGAAGAACAUUUUAAUCGAACUCAUCAACGGGAUUCUGACGGUCGAUUUGUGGUUCGGUUGCCAUUUCGCGAGUCACCAAAUAAACUCGGAAACUCCUACUCGGUCGCUGUUGGAUCUUUUCAAAGAUUAGAAUUAAGAUUCGCGAGAAACGAACAGCUUCGUAUAGAGUAUGGCAAUUUUAUGCGUGAAUAUCUUUCACUGGGACACAUGCGUCAAGUUCCAGUAACUUUAAGCUCUCCAAAUUAUUAUUUGCCUCAUCAUGGAAUUGUUCGUGAGACAAGCUCUACUACGCGAUUGCGGGUGGUUUUUAACGGGUCGCAGCUAACUUCGACGGGAGUCUCGCUUAAUGACUGUCUUUAUACAGGACCGAAACUAUAA